AGCUAAAGGUACUGCAGGCAUUAGUUGGCAGCUGUACUGAAUGAGUCCUCACUUCUUGCAGCUGAUACAUGCCACUGGCAGUGAUGGAUUUGCUGUGCCUCCUUGUCCUACUGGCCAUGUGUGGAUCUGUGCUCAGCACAUGGCACACCUGUGGAGGGACCUGUGGUCUCUGGCCCAUGUCUGCUUCCUAUAGCCCCAUGGCUUAUGACUAUGACCCCAUGGCUCCAGACUAUGGCGAACUGCACACCAUUGGUGGCACAGCCGUUCAGACAGGAGCCUGGGCUGGGAUUGUCAGCAUCCAGGAUCCCUGGGAACCAGGCACAGGGCAUAUCUGUGGAGGGUCCCUCAUCAGCACAGAGUGGGUCCUCACAGCUGCCCACUGCUUCAUCAAUGCCAGGAACACCAACAUGUGGCAUGUGGUGGCUGGGGCUACCCAGUUGACUCAGCUGGGCCCUGAGGUGCAAGUGCGCCAGAUUAAGCAGCUAUUGGUUCAUGAACACUAUAUUCCUGGUGAGGAGAGGAACAACAUUGCCUUGCUGAAAUUGGACCAGCCUGUCGUGUGCAGCCACUACGUUCAGCUGGGCUGUGUGCCGGACCUCACACUGAAAGUGUCAGAGCUGGGAAACUGUUACAUUGCUGGCUGGGGUACUACCACUACAAGAGCUGAAAGACCAAGUGAUGUCCUGCAGGAGGCCAACGUCCACCUCAUUGAUGUCCACCUCUGUAACAGCAGCCUCUGGUACACAGGGGCCAUCCACACCCAAAACCUGUGUGCUGGUUACUCAGAGGGUGGCAUCAACCCCUGCCAGGCUGACAGUGGUGGUCCUCUGGUGUGCAAAGAUAACAAUGCUGCCUUCUUCUGGCUUGUUGGUGUGGCCAGCUGGGGGAAAAGCUGUGCAAGAACAAACCAGCCUGGAGUCUACACCUCUGUUCAGCACUUCUAUGACUGGAUCCUGGUCCAGAUAGACCCGCAGCCAACAGAAGGGCGCGAAGACGUUCUAUGACCACUCUAACCCCCCUCAGAAGCCAAUGCCAAUAUCAAAACCAUUGUGCUUAUGAAUGUAGGGAGUGAAGGUUGUGUUCAUGUUUCACUAGAAAACAUUCAAUCCAGAUCACCUGGAAACACAGAAGAGGACUGGACUAUGUUCAUGGAAGGGGGUGGUUAUGGAUACUUGGGUGCUAGCAAAGGCAGUGCUCUGUCUAUGUCAGCCUGGUUUGCUGUUCACAGUAGCUGUAUAAGUCUCUGUGUCUGUUUCUGUGUCAGUGUACCUGGCUCUUCGGAAUGCACACAAGCACAGAUACACAAUUUUGUUCUUUAGAAAGCAGAGCUAACAAAUAGUUCCGAGCUAUCAGCUAUCACAGACACUACUCAUUGAAUUAUCAUACUGGCCAGCCAAAGUUUAUCCAUCUCAAGAAGUCUCAUUGUAUAUAAGCCAAGUAAAGAAUUCCUUGUCAUUGUUAUGAAAUGCAGAAUGAGUAACAAAUUUCCAUUAUUAUGGUAAUGAUAUCAUAACAUAAUGGUUCUUAAGUAAAAUAUUAACUCUGAGUAAUAGAAGAACUAUAGGGCUGAACAGCGCUGAAUUUUCAUUGCUAUUUGUUGUCUAUACACUGAGAAAGAGAAUUCCUUUAGGAAAUUAUGACAGAAACCUUUUCAAGAGCUUGCAUUUCUUAGCAGCUCUCACCUUCCUUUUAGUGUCACAAAUACAGGCAGUGUGAGUUGUGAAAAAACACAAUGACAUUCAGUUUUCCAUAAGCAGGGUGAUAUGAUUGCUCCAACAUUUUUUACUGCAGUAUAAUGAUGGAAAAUUUCAAGCAGAAAAAAAAUAAAUCUAAUACUCUAUUUAGAGGAGCCAUAAGCCACCAUCAUCCAGUAGUAUCACUGAGAUGCCUCUGUAAUGCAAAAUCCAUAGCAAUAAUAAUGAUGCCAGACUGUAGUUUCCUUAAGGAACUGCAUUUGUGCUAUAAACAUUCCUGCACAUCUUUCUGAGGAUAUCUUACUACCACAGGAGAUAAUGGCCAACACUUCAUACCUUCUUUUUUUAAAUUAUACUAACCAGUAAGUUUCAGACUAAAACUAGUAAGAAAUCAUUCACUUGCCAGAGAUGAUUGUUCCUUACAGUUUGAUGAUUUUUGUGUGUUCCCUACAGUAUAUUUUCUUAUACUAUAUACUUAUAUAAUGGCAUUUCUGUUGGACACAAGGAACAAUAUAUAAUUACAUGCUUUAGUGUUGUAAUUUGAACUCCUGGGCACUGUGUUAGUAAUGAUAUUUUCUUUAUCCACUGUUCUUUUAUAGCUUUUUUCAAAAUUAAUUAUUUCCCCAAUGUCAUUAGGGAAUUUUGCUUACAAGCAUGGUCUCUACUUAAUACUGUUAAUUUAAACAACCAGACUUGAAUCAUAAGAAAGGUUAAAGAGGAAGCAUGAGUCCAGUAAGAUGUAUUAUCUUUUUCUCUCACACCACAUUUGCCUGCGCUCUUGGACAAGUCUCUGAACUGUCUUUCUAGGAUACUGUUACAUAUAUACUUAGCAGCAGGACAAAACACAGCACUAGCUGCAGAGAAUAAAAUCCUAGCCAAAACUGGGACAAAUGCAAUACAUUAAUUACCUGUUCUUGCAACAGUGAACAGUGAGAAUGCAGAACUGGAACUUACAAUAUGAUUAAUUUUUGGUGCAAAACUACCAUGUUUUAAAGGAAAAAAAAUGCAAAGAAACAAAAUAUGCUAGGUCCUUCAGUAACGCACAGUGAUAAUAAACAUGCUCAAAACCAA